AUGAACAUUCAACUGGAAGGUUUGGAUGCAUUCGAGACGAACACACCGAUGAGUCCGGAUGAACCACAGAUUCCACUGCCGCCACUGGAUUUGAACACCAGUGCGCCACCACCCCCUCUGCCACCCCCUCCCCCACCCCCUGUCGCAUCCACAAUACCGCUCAUACCCCCAGUACCUCCACCGAUCAUCCCCAGCAACACGGAUGGGAUGUCCUUCGCCAUUCCACCCCCGUUCCCACCUCCGCCUAUGGCACCCGCAAGUUUCAUGGCUCCGCCAAAUGUCCCUACAAUGGCUUCAGUAACGUCGUCGUCAUCAAGUGCCGGAACAAACGGGCGAAAAGCACGGUUGUCAGAAUCGAAUACUGCUGGUUCUGGGGAGAUGGAUAUGGACAUAUCGGAUGACGAUGAACAUGAGCAAAAAUCUGAGGUAUUUUGA